AUGAACAUGGAUAUGCGAUUCCGCAAGGCAUUUCGCUAUCCUGAUGAAUCGGGGAGUGACCGGGAAGAGCUCGACGAAGAAGAACAGGAGCGAGUGAUCCAGCAGUUGCAAAGCCAAAAUGAGGCACGCAACGCCCAAUACAGUAUGAUCUUUACUGGAAUUACAUUGCUCUUAACCACCAUGUUUAUGCCCUCGAUUCUGUCUGCCUCGACUCUCGGCGAGGCUCUUCUGUCUUUCUUGAGCAUUCUCUCGCUGGGCAAAAAGCCUCUGUUGGCUGAGAAUGAUCGCUCGACUUGCCUCCGUUCUGCUUUGGUGCCUGUCAAUGGUGCAGUGUGCUUGGUUCUAACGGCUUGUUUCUUCAUCGGGGCGGGUUCAUCUUAUACGAUCCGCCCCGUUCUCUACUUGAUUCCCGGAGCCAUGCUAGCAGUCAUAUUGCUCGCACGAGAAACGAUGCUCUCGGUUGAUCUCUCGGCUCUGAAAGAUCUCCAGUACGAGUACAAAGGCGCCUAA